GCUUUCGGGCUGGCGCCUGUCUCAGCCCCCGCGCCAGUUUCGUGCUGGUUGGCGCGGAAUCGGUAGACUCUGGGGCCAUGGCGCCGGUGCACGGCGACGACUGCGAGCUGGGAGCGAGCGCUGUGUCAGAUUCGGGGAGUUUUGUAGCUUCUCGAGCCCGGCGAGAAAAAAAAUCAAAGAAAGGGCGCCAAGAAGCUCUAGAAAGACUAAAAAAGGCUAAAGCUGGUGAGAAGUAUAAAUAUGAAGUUGAGGACUUCACAAGUGUUUAUGAAGAAGUUGAUGAAGAACAGUAUUCAAAGCUGGUUCAGGCACGCCAAGAUGAUGACUGGAUCGUGGAUGAUGAUGGUAUUGGUUAUGUGGAAGAUGGCCGAGAGAUUUUUGAUGAUGACCUUGAAGACGAUGCCCUUGAUGUCAGUGAGAAAGGAAAAGAUGGUAAACCACGAAACAAAGACAAGAGGAAUGUAAAGAAGCCUGUAGUGACAAAACCAAACAAUAUUAAGUCAAUGUUCAUUGCUUGUGCUGGAAAGAAAACUACAGAUAAAGCUGUAGACUUGUCCAAGGAUGAUCUGUUAGGGGACAUUCUACAGGAUCUGAACACUGAGACACCUCAAAUAACUCCACCACCUGUAAUGAUACUGAAGAAGAAAAGGUCUAUUGGAGCUUCACUGAAUCCUUUCUCUGUGCAUACCCCCAAGGUAUUUCCUUCAGGAAAAACUGCUUCCUCUAUCUCCAGAAAGGAAUCCCCAUUAACUCCUGUUGCUCUUAAAUGUGCUGAAUUUUCUGGAGAGCAGGUGCAGGCGGAGCAGGUGGAGGACGAGCAGGCAUCAGGCUCAAUGGAGUUUGAAGAUGGUGACUUUGAUGAGCCAAUGGAAGCAGAGGAGGUGGACGUAGAGCCAGUUGCUGCCAAGACUUUGGACCAAGAGAGUGAGCCAGCAGAGGGGGUGAAACACAAGGCAGAUCCUGGGAAAGGAACCACAUCCUACCUAGGAAAUUUUCUCCCAGAUGUCUCUUGUUGGGACAUCGAUCAGGAAGAUGACAGCAGUUUCUCAGCUCAGGAAGUUCAAGUGGAUUCCAGUCACCUCCCAUUGGUAAAAGGGGCAGAUGAGGAACAAGUAUUCCAGUUUUAUUGGUUGGAUGCUUAUGAAGAUCAGUACAACCAACCAGGUGUGGUAUUUCUCUUUGGCAAAGUUUGGAUUGAAUCAGCCAAAACCCACGUGAGCUGUUGUGUCAUGGUGAAAAACAUCGAGCGAACACUCUACUUCCUUCCUCGUGAAAUGAAAAUUGAUCUAAAUACAGGGAAAGAAAUGGGAACUGCAGUUGCAAUAAAGGAUGUUUAUGAGGAAUUUGAUGAGAAAAUAGCAACAAAAUAUAAAAUUAUGAAGUUCAAGUCCAAGAUAGUGGAAAAGAACUAUGCUUUUGAGAUACCUGAUGUUCCAGAAAAAUCUGAGUACUUGGAAGUUAAAUAUUCAGCUGAACUGCCACAGCUUCCUCAAGAUUUGAAAGGAGAAACUUUUUCUCAUGUAUUUGGGACCAACACAUCUAGCUUGGAAUUGUUCUUGAUGAACAGAAAGAUCAAAGGACCUUGUUGGCUUGAAGUAAAAAAUCCACAGCUCUUGAAUCAGCCGAUCAGUUGGUGUAAAGUUGAGGCAAUGGCUUUGAAACCAGACCUAGUGAAUGUAAUUAAGGAUGUCAGUCCUCCUCCACUUGUGGUGAUGUCUUUCAGCAUGAAGACAAUGCAGAAUGCAAAGGAUCAUCAAAAUGUGGUUAUUGCUAUAGCAGCUUUGGUUCAUCACAAUUUUGCAUUAGAUAAAGCACCCCCACAGCCUCCCUUUCAGUCACAUUUCUGUGUUGUAUCUAAACCAAUGGACUGUAUUUUUCCAUAUGCUUUCAAAGAAGUCAUUGAGAAAAAGAAUGUGAAGAUUGAGGUUGCUGCAACAGAAAGAACACUGCUAGGUUUUUUCCUUGCAAAAGUUCAUAAAAUUGAUCCUGAUAUCAUUGUGGGUCAUAAUAUUUAUGGGUUUGAACUGGAAGUACUACUGCAGAGAAUUAAUGUGUGCAAAGUUCCUUACUGGUCCAAGAUAGGUCGACUGAAGCGAUCCAACAUGCCAAAGCUUGGGGGACGAAGUGGAUUUGGUGAAAGAAAUGCUACCUGUGGCCGAAUGAUCUGUGAUGUGGAAAUUUCAGCAAAGGAAUUGAUUCGUUGUAAAAGCUACCAUUUGUCUGAACUUGUUCAACAGAUUCUGAGAACUGAAAGGGUUGUAAUCCCAAUGGAAAAUGUACGAAAUAUGUACAGUGAAUCUUCUCAUCUGUUGUACCUGUUGGAACACACCUGGAAAGAUGCCAGGUUCAUUUUGCAGAUCAUGUGUGAGCUAAAUGUUCUUCCAUUAGCAUUGCAGAUCACUAACAUCGCUGGGAACAUUAUGUCCAGGACGCUGAUGGGUGGACGAUCGGAACGUAAUGAGUUCUUGUUGCUUCACGCAUUUUAUGAAAACAACUAUAUUGUGCCUGACAAGCAGAUUUUCAGAAAGUCUCAGCAAAAACUGGGAGAUGAAGAUGAAGAAAUUGAUGGAGAUACCAAUAAAUACAAGAAAGGCCGUAAGAAAGCAGCUUAUGCUGGAGGCUUGGUUUUGGAUCCCAAAGUUGGUUUUUAUGAUAAGUUCAUUUUGCUUCUGGACUUCAACAGUUUAUAUCCUUCCAUCAUACAGGAAUUUAACAUUUGUUUUACAACAGUGCAAAGAGUUGCUUCAGAGGCACAGCAAGUUACAGAGGAUGGAGAGCAAGAACAGAUCCCUGAGUUGCCAGAUCCAAGCUUAGAAAUGGGCAUUUUGCCCAGAGAGAUCCGGAAACUGGUAGAGCGGAGAAAACAAGUCAAACAGCUAAUGAAACAGCAAGAUUUAAAUCCAGACCUUGUUCUUCAGUAUGACAUUCGACAGAAGGCUUUGAAGCUCACUGCGAACAGUAUGUACGGUUGCCUGGGAUUUUCCUACAGCAGAUUUUACGCCAAACCACUGGCUGCCUUGGUGACAUACAAAGGAAGGGAGAUUUUGAUGCAUACGAAAGAGAUGGUACAGAAGAUGAAUCUUGAAGUUAUUUAUGGAGAUACAGAUUCAAUUAUGAUAAACACCAAUAGCACCAAUCUGGAAGAAGUAUUUAAGUUGGGAAACAAGGUAAAAAGUGAAGUGAAUAAGUUGUACAAACUGCUUGAGAUAGACAUUGAUGGUAUUUUCAAGUCUCUGCUACUGCUGAAGAAAAAGAAAUAUGCUGCUCUGGUUGUUGAGCCAACUUCGGAUGGGAAUUAUUUCACCAAACAGGAGCUGAAAGGAUUAGAUAUAGUUAGAAGAGAUUGGUGCGAUCUUGCUAAAGACACUGGAAACUUUGUCAUUGGCCAGAUUCUUUCUGAUCAAAGCCGGGACACUAUAAUAGAAAAUAUUCAGAAGAGAUUAAUGGAAAUUGGAGAAAAUGUACUAAAUGGCAGUGUCCCAGUGAGCCAGUUUGAAAUUAACAAGGCAUUAACAAAGGAUCCCCAAGAUUACCCAGAUAAAAAAAGCCUACCUCAUGUGCAUGUUGCCCUCUGGAUAAAUUCUCAAGGAGGCAGAAAGGUGAAAGCUGGAGACACUGUGUCAUAUGUCAUCUGUCAGGAUGGCUCAAACCUCACUGCAAGUCAGAGGGCCUAUGCACCUGAGCAGCUGCAGAAACAGGACAGUUUAACCAUUGACACCCAGUACUACCUGGCCCAGCAGAUCCACCCAGUCGUGGCUCGGAUCUGUGAGCCAAUAGAAGGAAUUGAUUCUGUCCUUAUUGCAACGUGGUUAGGACUGGACCCUGCCCAAUUUAGAGUUCAUCAUUAUCAUAAAGAUGAAGAGAAUGAUGCUCCACUUGGUGGCCCAGCACAGCUCACUGAUGAAGAGAGAUACAAGGACUGUGAAAGAUUCAAAUGUCCAUGCCCUACAUGUGGAACUGAGAAUAUUUAUGAUAAUGUCUUUGAUGGUUUGGGGACUGACAUGGAACCCAGCUUGUAUCGUUGCAGUAACGUCAAUUGUAAGGCUUCACCUCUGACCUUUACAGUACAGCUGAGCAACAAAUUGAUCAUGGACAUUAGACGUUUCAUUAAAAAGUACUAUGAUGGCUGGUUGAUAUGUGAGGAGCCAACCUGUCGCAAUCGAACUCGGCACCUUCCCCUUUACUUCUCCCGAAAUGGACCUCUUUGCCCAGCCUGCAUGAAAGCUACACUUAGACCAGAGUAUUCUGACAAGUCCCUGUACACCCAGCUGUGCUUUUACCGGUACAUUUUUGAUGUGGACUGUGCACUGGAGAAACUUAUUACCGAUCAUGAGAAAGAUAAACUGAAGAAGCAAUUUCUUACCCCCCAAGUUCUUCAGGACUAUAAAAAACUCAAGAACACAGCAGAGCAGUUCUUGUCCCGAAGUGGCUACUCCGAAGUGAACCUCAGCAAACUCUUCGCUGGUUGUGCUGUGAAGUCCUAAGGGAAUCCCAGGAGCGAACAAGGAGGGGGUAGUUGAAAAAUCCCAGCUUCCUCUUCGCCUCCCCUCCGGCCCUAAUUGCUUCUCCAGCCUCUGCUUUUCCCUUUGGGACUUGUCUCACGUUUGUGUGAAUGUGGACCUGGAGGGGUGAUUGUAAAAAUAUUUAAUCUACUAAGCAGCAGAGAAAACCCCAACAGCCUUCAUAUUAAGAUAUACCCCCACUUUGAAACACAACCCCAGAGCUCUUCCUCAAGCACCUGAAGACUUUGAAUACUGGGGCCUGGGUUUCUGGGGGAGGGAAAUUGCUACUUUGAUUGAGAGUAGCUGGAAUGUAAGUGACCCCAGGCUUUGCCCCAGGGCCUUUAGCUGAGGUGCCCCCAGAAAGAGAGCCUGGCUGAAGCCUAACAUUUUGCCUUUUCACACGCCAAUUAAACCCAGUCGAAAUCUAAAUGCUUCCCCAGCCUCUUGCUCCAGGAGUGGCUGUCCUUUUCAGUCUUGUCUUUUAUAUAAGUAGCUGAGAGGGGAGAUUUAGAAGCCUUGCACUCACUAAAUAGAUUAAACAGAGCGAGCUUGUUUAUUGAAUUGCUCCAAAGUCCAACAGACACAUACUGAGCAGGUGUUUUAUACUCACAUUCCCUUUUUUUCCCUUCAAUAGAAAGUGCAGGUAAAGGUUUAUGUGACAGGAAAGCAUGUUUAAAAUAAUUUUGUAUCCUAAGAUUUCAUUAAAAAUUCAUAAAGGUUGGGGCAAGGAUCACUGUGUUGUAUUCAGACAAAUGGUGGGGGGGUUAAUUGGCCCUGGUGCUUGCUAUUUUUCCUCAUUUCUACAGAAUGGUGCCCUCUUUGCCAGCAGCAAAAUGUCUUUCAAUAUGGCAGUCUUUCCUUUCUUACAUUAUUGGUAAGAUUAUGCUAACGAAAUGUUUCCCCUUGUAUAAUUAUGCUAUGGUUUUCACAAAUGUUUACCUAUGUGUUUUUAUAAAAGAAAAAUAUGUUCUGUCUUUAAUAAAGUUUUCUAAAGGGACAGCAGUUGCGGUGAAUCCUUAUCAGGUACAAAAAGUUGACCAGAGGGGCAGCAAGGAGCAAAAUAUGACUAAAGUGGGCACAGUGGCUCAUGCGUGUAGUCCCAGCUACUCAGGAGGCUGAGGCAGUAGGAUCACUUGAGCC